AUGAUUAAGACCAACUUUCAAUAACAUCCUAGCAAGGUAAUACUUUUAUUUAUGUUUUUAGAUUUAAGUCUUACAAAGACCUUAAAGUUAGUUGCCGAUAAACCUUUCAUAAUAACUUUAAUAAAAAAACUUAGAAUACGUUUAGUAAUAAAAAAUUGCAAAAUAACCUGUAAGAUAAACUCUCCAAUAUCAAAUGAACCCUCAUAUUAAUUAAUUAUAAUUCAAAUAGAGUCAGUUAGUGUAGCAAACUCAAUUAGGAUAAUAAAUAACUUAUUACCCUAAUGUAUAAAGUAUAUAAAGAUCUCAAGUUGUUUAAAAGAUCAUAAAUUAUCAAGACGAUGAAAUGAUUCAACCAAAAAAAGACAAUUUAAAAUAAACAAUAAAAUAUGAUUUAAAUGUAAAUUUAUAAUUCGAAAUAAAACCUUUAUAAAAAAAGGUCAAACUAUUCCCUAACAAAGCUUAAUACUUACCUGGAAUUGUAAGUAUAAAAGCAUAAGAUAAAAUUAUUACUCAAAAUUCUGAAAAUUAAAGGGUUGGAGUAGAUUUGGUAUUUAUUUUUUAAUUUAUGUUUAGAUUUGUUUGAUUGAUAUUAGUGGAAGUAUGGAGGGAGUCAAAAUUCAAAUGGCUAAAUAAUCUUUAAUUGUUUUACUUUAAUUUCUUGGAGAUAACGAUAGACUACAAUUAAUAACAUUUGAUGAUUAUGCCCAUAGAUUAUCACCAUUAAAGAGAGUAACAAAAUAGAAUAAAAUCUAUUUUACUUAAAUUAUUCAAUAAAUUUAGAUAGAUGGAGGUACUUGUAUCUCAGAAGGUACUAAAAUGGCAUUUUGCUAAUUAAAAAAUAGAAAAUAUGUCAAUAAUGUGACAUCUAUUUUCUUGCUUUCAGAUGGUCAAGAUGGUAAUGCAGUUUAAAGGAUAUCGGAGCAAAUAAAGACAGUCAAUGAAGUAUUUACUUUACAUACAUUUGGUUUUNUAGAAUGUGUUAAAAUUGGGAAAUUUGGAGAAGAUUAAAGUGGUAUUUGA